GGGGAAGCGGCAGCAGCAGCAGCAGCUCACGAAUCGAUCUGUCUCUCAGCAUCUCAGCCGAUUGAUCUCCACGGGAAUUAUGAGCGGGCGUAUCAUGCUACUGUUCCAGCUGUGUCUCGUCUUCUUCACUGCCUUGGCGAAUGCAGCGGCUCAGGAGCCCCUUGUCGACGAGAGGCCGAUAUACAGCGCAGGAGAUGCUAUCCCCGUGACAUGUCUCAACAGGACAUCUGACACUGGCGAGCAUGUCACGGAUGCAUCAGGCCAGCUCCAAUACGUGCCCUUCCCGGUCUGCAACGAGACCGGACGACCGCUGGAGAUAUAUUUCGGUGUCGAGAAGGACAUCAACUGCACCAUCGACUUCAUCUCGGACCCCAUGUUCCACCUACUCGAGUUCUACGUCCACAACGAUGCCCCCAUGACGUGUCGCAUACCUACUCGCCCCAUGCCCGACUCUUCACUCGCCAACAGAGUGCCGAAAGAAGAUGCUUCAGUCGAGGGCCAAGGCAGUCUGAGUGACGAAUACAUUCCCCUGAUCAUCGCCUUGACAGGCACGCUGCAACUCUCGCAUCUGCACGUCUCGUCGCAUCUCAACAUGCUGCUUCAUGCUGCGCCCAAAUCCGUCUCACCUGGUGUCAUUGAUGCUGCCACUGCCUACUCCAUCUCCACCCGUCCACCAGCCCGCAUCGUCAUCGGGGACGCCCUGCCCUUCACCUUCUCCAUCCGUUGGUACUCUGGUCAACAACUGCCGUCGGGCUGGUCCGGCGUCGGCGGCCAUAUCUAUGCCAGUACCUUGAUCUACUGUAUCUUGAGCGCUGGAGCCGCAGCCGCCAUCUGCACCGUCUACUUCCGAGGCGUCGAAUUGCCGCGCAGACUCAGGAAUCAUGGAAAAGACAGGAUGACCGGUGGCAUGGAAGGUGGCAGACUAGGUGGAUAUGGAUACACUGCUGGCACCAGCAGCUAUGCACUUGGCACUGCUGGAGGAAAGAGGGAUUAGCACCAUCGCUUGGUCUUGGACAUUCUUUGUACCCUUUGUAUACAACACGUGCGAGUCCCCCAAGAUCACUAUCAUCCAUAAAACAGAAACUCCGAAACAAAUCUGACAUUCAAGAAUACAAAGAUCGGCUGGCUCGUCUAAAGCACGAUCCGUCUACGAAGCGAAAGUGACUCGUUAUCCUGUACCGUACCACCUCCCCAACCCCUUCCAUAUCCUCCCUUUUCCAACCCAAUCCAUCCAGUCAUAAAGCCUUCCACCAUCAAGAAUCGAAGGGCUUGUGUAUCGUAUGAGUCUGUCC